GCAAUUAGCCACGCAUUCUUCACUCAUUCAAUUCUUCCCCAUCACAACCUCCAGUUUUGCCCUUUCAAACGACGGCAAGAUCUUAUUUAUCUCAAUUAUUCGAACCCUCAAUCUGAAAAAGCAAAAGAAGAAAAAAGAAACCCUAAAUUCUGUAAGCGUAGUUGAAAUUAUUGGCUGAAUUGAGAUUCAUAAAAGAUCCCGCCAAAAUGACGAGUAGUUGGAGGAGAACGUUUGGGAAUGUGAGGUCCUUUGUUGGAAAUUCUAUGGGAGGCUUAAGAGGAGGCAGUAAUUUGGCCUCCUGGGUCGUCGCCGGAACUCUAGCUUAUUUCCUCUGGGUCAGGCCUUCACAGCAACUCAAAAAAGAGCAAGAGGAGAGGGCGGCGUUAGCGGCAGCUUCAGAUCCUUAUAAAUAUGUGGAAAAGCGCAAACCGAUUCCGGAUCCUCAGGUGUAAAUUUUGGCAGGAAACUGGAUUGAUAUAUGGGAAUAAAAACAAAGAGAACAAAUCCGGGAAAUGAACUACUGGGUGUUGAGUAAGUUUAGAUAGGUUGCAGCUGCUGAAAUGUUGAAAAGCUUUGGAUUAAGUUACUGUAUGUUAUACACAAAUACAUGCCUGAAUGCAUUAAAAAUUAUUACUCAAACAGUUGUUUAUCCAAGUGACAGAUGGAAUAAAUGCGCCAGAUAUAUGUUGUUAUUGUAUUUUUGUUUAGUCUGAGUUAAUCAAUAAAAUUUCAAGUGCGAUUUGCGUUUA